GCGCUAGUCGGGUGGCAAACAUGGCUGCAUCCAGUAUGAAAGGCGUGAGAUCGCUGUUAUUGAAGUAUGGGAGCUGCAGGAAGGCUUUGUGUGUGUCCUUAUCAAAGGCGGAUUUGCAGUCUUACCAGCUGCCUGUCAGACAGGUUUGUGUGUCAUCCUCUUUGUGGAGGAAGAACCUGGCAGCAGCAGGCCCUCAGAAGUACACAGAGGAGUUCAUCAAGAAACAGGUGGAGGGGUUUGAGAUUGGCAAACGUCAUCUGGCCAACAUGAUGGGUGAGGACCCAGAAACAUUUACACAGGAGGAUAUUGAUAGGAGCAUUGCAUAUCUGUUCCCCUCUGGACUCUUUGAGAAGCGAGCAAGACCUGCCAUGAAGCAUCCAGACCAAAUAUUCCCUAAACAGACAGCUGUGCAGUGGGAUGCAGACGGACGUCCUUUCAACUUUCUGUUCUACACAGGGAAACAGUCUUACUACUCUCUCAUGCAUGAUGUGUAUGAAAAGGUUCUGGCGAUAGAGAGGCAUCAGGACAAGAUGAGAAAUAAAGGCCUUUUUACAUCGGAUACCAAACAAGUUUCACUAACUGGGAGCAGAUGGCUGUUAAAAGAGGAACUGGAGGAGUUUCUGGUGGAGAAUAUUUCAGAUCAAGAUUACAUGCGGUUCAUCCAGCUGAUGGAGAGGCUGUUGUCCUUGCCCUACUGCUCUCUGGAAGAGGAGUGUGCACGGAAGUUCCGCAGACAGCUGGAGGUUCAGUCCAGCAAACAGGAGAUUCCUCAGCUACAGCAUGACUCACAGGGAGUCGCUUUCAGUGUUGCAGAUGGCAGAAGGAAGUCUGCCAAAGCCAGUAUCACCCUCAGAGACAGCGGCUCUGGGAACAUCACAAUCAAUGGCAAGAACUACCUCCAGUACUUUCCUGUACUACAGAACAGGGAGCAGCUGAUGUUUCCUCUGCACUUUGUGGGCAUGCUGGGCAGGUUUGACAUUGAGGGCAUCGUGGAGGGGAGUGGUCACUCUGCUCAGGCUGGGGCUCUAAGAUUGGCCAUCUCACAGGCACUGCUCAGCUUUGUCUCUGAGGGAGAAGUGGAAAAGAUGAGGCAAGCUGGUCUGCUGACUGCUGACCCCAGGAUCAAGGAGAGGAAAAAACCAGGCCAGGAGGGAGCUCGAAAGAAGUUCACUUGGAAAAAACGAUGAACACGAAUGGGACAAUAUAUCACAGGAACCUCACUCUGUGAAAGAAAACAACUUCCCCGUUUCCCUGGAUUGUUGGAUUAUUCUAUGGCACUCGGAAUAGAUAUAAAGAGGUCUUGCCCUCUCUCCCUGUCACACACCGAUUGUGACAACCAUACCCUGUGGAUCACAGUCAUAAACCAGCCUUACUGCAUUCAAACAUUGAGGUUAUGGACAUGAGGUUUUCUCUAUUGGUUAAACUCAAAGGGAAACUUUUGUUCUCUGUGCAUACUGUGUUUAUUAAUACUACAAAAUCUUAAUUUUUCAUAUUCAUAUUUCUAGUUUGUUUUUCCUUCAAAUGAACCCAUAUGCUGGGAGUUUGGUGUUAUUUUAAUAUCUUCCAACUACCACUAGAGGGCGACAAAUAUCUACUUAUGCAUAAAAUUGAAUUACACAUUUAUCUCAACUGGGAUUAAGUUGUUUGAAGAUAUGUUUUGUGUUUGUUUGUUUUUAACAGUCAUUAAAAAAUAUUAACAUUUCUGUUCUAUGAUAUAGCUGCCAAUAUUUUGGGCCGUAAGAAAUUUUCUCCCCAAAAUGUUUUGUCCCCCAUUAAUUUGUGACACACAUCAGAUUAAAUAUGCUUUUACAUUUCAAUAUUUAAAUUCAUUUUAUAGAAAUAAUAACAUUCUUGCAACGCCAUAUUCUGAAAAAUGUUAUGCCAAAAAAUAGUAUAUUUGUUUGAUACCAAAUGAAAGUUUAUUUUUUAAGUUCAUAGUUUCUAGUUUCACAGGACUGUUUUAGCUGAAUACACACACAGGCCAUAUACAGUACCCAGCAUAAAUGAGUACACCCCAACAGAUUUCUCAGAAAAUCAUCUGUCUCUUUUUAGAAUGAAUCCAUUCUAUGGGAUCCUAUACAAUAAAAUAUUCUAGCAACUCUG